UUUCAGGUCCCUCAGUCUGUAUGCAGUGAGAGUUGUAGGCCUGGAUUCAGGAAAGUAUCCCUGGAUGAUAAGGCCAUCUGCUGCUACAACUGCACUCCUUGUGCUGACAAUGAGAUAUCUAAUGAGACAGAUGUAGACCAGUGUAUGAAGUGUCCAGAGAGUCAUUAUGCAAAUACAGAGAAGAACAACUGCUUCCAAAAAUCUGUAAGCUUUCUGGCCUAUGAAGACCCCUUGGGGAUGGCAUUAGCAAGCAUAGCUUUGUGCUUAUCUGCACUCACAGUCUUUGUUAUUGGCAUCUUUGUGAAGCACAGAGACACUCCUAUUGUCAAGGCCAAUAAUCGGGCUUUAAGUUACAUUUUGCUCAUCACACUCACCUUCUGUUUCUUAUGUUCUUUGAACUUCAUUGGUCAGCCCAACACAGCUGCCUGCAUCCUUCAGCAGACCACCUUUGCAGUUGCUUUCACUAUGGCUCUUGCCACUGUGUUGGCUAAAGCUAUUACUGUGGUCCUUGCCUUUAAGGUCAGUUUUCCAGGGAGAAUGUUAAGGUGGCUAAUGAUAUCAAGGGGUCCAAGAUACAUCAUCCCUAUCUGCACCCUGAUCCAGCUUCUUCUUUGUGGAAUAUGGAUGGCAACUUCUCCACCAUUCAUUGACCAAGAUGCGCAUACUGAAGAUGGAUACAUAAUCAUUUUGUGCAACAAGGGCUCAGCUGUUGCCUUCCAUUCAGUCCUGGGAUACCUCUGUUUCUUGGCCCUUGGGAGUUAUAUCAUGGCCUUCUUGUCGAGAAAUUUGCCUGAUACAUUCAAUGAAUCCAAAUUUCUGUCAUUCAGUAUGCUGGUGUUCUUCUGUGUCUGGGUCACCUUUCUUCCUGUCUACCACAGCACUAAAGGGAAGGUUAUGGUAGCCAUGGAAGUAUUCUCAAUCUUGGCCUCCAGCACAGCACUCCUUGCCUUCAUAUUUGGACCCAAAUGUUACAUUAUCUUGUUAAGACCAGAAAAGAAUUCAUUUAAUCACAUCAGGAAGAAAACACAUUCUAGAAGGAAGAAAUCUCCUAAAAUUUAG